UGACUAGUGGAAUCAUGUAAAAGCUUUUAUUUAACUAAAAGAGAUUGAGGAGGAAUUAGAGAUAGAAUAAGAAUGAGCUUGUCUAGCAAAGGAACUGUAAGCAAGGUUAAAAGCUUGAAUCCAAAUGCAGCUGAGUUCAUUCCCUUUUUUCUUAGAUCGUCGUCACCAUCAUCAUCUACAAAUGGAAGCUCUACAAAUGUCUUCUCCAGCAAAACCUUUUCUGGAUCGGUUAAAUUGGGAAAAUCCGUGCUGGACAGAUCAGAGUCAUCGUUAUCAAAUAACUCUGACGACGAGAUUCGCCAAUACUGGCGACAUCAGCUUCCUGACGAUAUAACUCCUGAUUUCAAGGUAAUCAUGGGGCAAGAUGAUCAACUGGGAAUUAACAAUUUUUCCUUUGAUAGUUUGUCCUUGCAAGACAACCAUGGAGCUCCUAAGCUUUCUCCUUUCACAACUGAAAGGCAGUUCAAGAUACCAUAUGGGGAAGAAGAUAUAUUAUUGUCUUCUAACUCGAAACAAUUGUCAAAUAUACAUUGGAAUGAUACAACCAUGAAAAAGGAUCAACUAAUUACCACUGAAAAUCCUGCUCGUGGUUUUCUCGCCAAUAUCCAGGCCGAGCAAAGAAUGAUGGAAAAUGAGAACCUGAGUCCUUUUGAACUUUUAGCUAUGCAAUUCCCCGGGUUUUCUGCAGAGAGCCUCGCUGAUGUGUAUUUGGCAAACAGAGGUGACUUAAGCCAGACAGUUGACAUGCUUACUCAGCUAGAGUUGCAAGUUGAUGGUGGCUUGAAUCAGAAUCUAAACACAAAGGACUUGUCAGCUCCAAAUCUAAGUUCACUGGAUUUGAGGAUUUAUACAGGAGAUGAUAUCCAACAAAGCAUUAAUAAUCCUUAUAUGUCAGCUAGAAAGGAUAAUUUUCUUUCGUUCAAAACAAGCUCUUCUUCGCCAACAAUAGAAUCUGAAGGUUUUUCUUCGGCUCUCAGGGAAAUGUCAACACAAGAGUCCAAUGUGUGGAAGUAUGAUAGAAACGGUUCGGCUGAUACUGUUUUUGGUUCAAAUAGAAGUUCGCAUUUGAUGGCGAGCUCAUUUAUUAAUGGUCAGACUCAUCAAAUUCAUAAUUCAUCUCGAAAAGCUCCUUUGUGGCUAGACACGGGUGAAGCAGUUGAAAAUAUGUAUUCUGACAUGCUAGGAGAAGAAAGUGAUCACCCAAGUCUGCGUAAUACAUACUUUGAACAGGCGAGGCAGGCCUAUCUAAUUGGUAAUAAGGGUUUAGAGAAGGAACUGAUGGAGGGUCAUGAGAGAUCACACGAGUCUGUUUAUCGCACCAGGAAUCCGGAGAUACAAGGGAAUGGAAGAGGAGGAAACGAAAGAAUAAUAGAUUUGCAUGGUCUUCAUGCAACCGAGGCCAUUCGUAUUCUUCAGUGUGAAUUUGCUCUAAUGAAAACCACAGCUAUGUCCGACAAUAGACAAAUGAUGCAGGUUUUUAUUUGCACAGAGAAGAGUCAUCACACGAUGGGAUCUCGAACUGCAAUUCAGCGAUAUUUGCUGGAGAAAUGCCUUGAUUACUCGGAACCCCAACCGGGGCUGCUUCGAGUUGUUGUGUAUUGAUUGAUGAUGGAGAUGAGUUUUGUUUGUUUGUUAUGAAAACAUAUAGAUUUAUAGAGAAAUGCAAAAAGUGUAUCUUAUAAAUCAAGUCCAAAUUAUAUUCUUCAUAGGAGAAAAAUCACAUUUUGG